CGCGCGGCGGCGCAUGCGCGGGGCGUCGGUCGGCAGAGAUGGCGUCGGGGUGCCGGAUCGGGCCGUCCAUCCUCAACAGCGACCUGGCGGCGCUGGGCGCCGAGUGCAGCCGCAUGCUGGACUGCGGCGCCGACUACCUCCACCUGGAUGUAAUGGACGGACACUUCGUCCCGAACAUCACCUUCGGCCACCCCGUCGUGGAGAGUCUGCGCAAGCAGCUGGGCCAGGAGCCCUUCUUCGAUAUGCACAUGAUGGUUGCCAGGCCAGAGCAGUGGGUGAAACCAAUGGCUGUUGCUGGUGCAAACCAAUACACCUUUCAUCUAGAAGCUACAGACAAUCCAGGGGCGUUGAUAAAAGACAUUCGGGAGAACGGGAUGAAGGUUGGCCUGGCCAUCAAGCCUGGCACUACAGUUGAACAUUUGGCACCUUGGGCUAAUCAGAUAGACAUGGCUUUGGUGAUGACAGUAGAACCUGGGUUUGGAGGGCAGAAAUUUAUGGAAGACAUGAUGCCAAAGGUUCAGUGGCUGCGGACACAGUUUCCCUCGUUGGACAUUGAAGUGGAUGGAGGAGUUGGGCCUGACACCAUCCAUAAGUGUGCAGAGGCAGGUGCAAAUAUGAUUGUAUCUGGCAGUGCUAUUAUGAAGAGCGCAGAUCCGAGAUCUGUGAUCAAUCUGCUAAGGAAUGUGUGUUCAGAAGCAGCUCAAAAGCGCUGUCUGGAUCGAUGAGACCUACCCAAGCAGUGUUCAAGAAGGCUCUGUGCAUGCAGGAGAACCCUUGUUUCUCAUGCGUAAGGGAGGGCUGGAUGAACGUUUAAUUACGGGAACUUGUUGCUGCUGAACAGAGGAAUCAUUCCUUCGCUGCAAUGAAGCAAGCACCAGUGAAAAACAUUCUGGCUGUCUUUCAGGGUUGGAAACGCAGUGGUUUGAACCUGUCUCUUGAUUCUGUGGAGGCUAAUUUUAUAGCACAACCUCUUAACACUGACUGGAUUGAACCAAACUUCAGUCAGUUUUUGCUUGCUAGAAGAGUGUAGCAUCACCCCAUGCAAUCUCUCUCGUGGAAGACUCUAAUCAAACUGCCUUCUGCUGUCUGUAUUUUAUCAUUUGAUCUGUGCAUUCCUACAAAACUUUUCCAGUGUCUGCAUUAAACACCCUUCCCUUGAUGUGGUAAGUCUCCUUUAAGAUGACUGUAAAAAAUAAGUGGUUUUGGUAGUAAGUUUGGGGAAAAUGCAAUUUAAGAGAGCUAAAAAAUCCCACGGAUGAUAGAAACGUUUGUAUCUUUUGCUUUUACUGCAUAGAAAUACUUGACAUAUGUAAGUCAAGUAUCAAAGUCAUCCGUGCAACAUCUUUACCAGGUCACAAACUGUGAAAUAUCUUCUCAUUUACCUUUCAAAAAGCCAGUUAAGACAGUUGUGUCUGAAAUUCCUGGAAGUGAUGGGAUUCCAUGGAAGAAUGCUGCUUUGAAACCCUACAGAUAGUUUAAAAAAACCCAACCACCUUUACUCGACCCACAGCCUAAUCCUUAGUUUGUGCAUAUGCCUGAGUAAAUGAUGAAGAUAGUGACAUACAGGAUUUGGAAAUGUGGCUUUUCAUGCUAUUGAAAGCAGGAGGAGAACAGCUCUAGUGUCCUUGCUUCCUGCAGUUGACCUCAAGCUGGUCUGAAAGGGGAUUCCAACCAUUUGUGGUUUUUUAGUAAUUAAUUUUAGGAAAAAAAAAAAAAAAGUCCCAAAGUCAUGCCAGUUAAUUGAAGGUACCACACUUGGUUGUGAGCAUGGAACCACAGAGUCUCUUUUCUUUCACAGGUUGUAGUCACUUUGUCAUUUUAAAUCUGGUAGUUUGCACUUCCAUUGACUGUCGGGUCAGCAGUGUUGUGGGAGAGAGAAAUUACACACACAGUAAAAUUACUCAAUUACUUCACUCUGUCUAAAUCCCACCCAGGUGGGUUUAUGCAGCAGCUUUUUAAAACAUCUAAGGUUAAAGAGGAAGUAACAUCCAUGGAAGUAACAGUAAUGAUACUUGGUCUUUUAAUGCUUAAGACUUGUGCGGGUUUUUUUGUGUCUGUACAUUAACAGUAUCUGUUAGGCUCUGUUUAGGCCUGUACUAGGUAACAUAACCCCACAGUGGAUGCACCACAGCCACAGGACUUGAAUCAACCACUGACACGAAAACCAAAAUUGCUGCCUGCAUGGUAUCCGUGAGGCCAAGUAACCCCCAGGACCGUUAGGUGUUGCAAUACUCUGAUAAAGCAAAGUUUCAGCAACACGGGAGAGGACGGUCUGGUGAUAUGUCGUCACAUGGUCUAGAGCGAUCCAGGGUGAUCUGACAGAGCAAAGGCUCUGUCUGCACUGGAAAACAGGAUAAAAGGAACGGAUACAGCUGAGUAAGGCUGGGCUCAGACAUGUGCUCCACAGGGUGGUACAGCGCAUGUCCCUGAGCAAGAUAAAAAAAAAAAAAACUGCAGUAGACACACACAAAGCUUAAUUUUAAUAGGGCUUAGAAGUUUGUAUUUGUACUUACAUUCCAUUAAGGUCCUGGAUGCAGAGAUGAACUGUUUAUACCCUCAUAGCAGCAGGGAGCAGAACAUAAGUGGCCUUAAAAAAAAUGUCUCAAUUGAAAAUGAUAAACAAAGCGCAAGGGAAAUGGCUUUCUUUGUGAAACUGCAACACUCCAGUUCCAUGGGGGCAGGGGGGGCUUGUUGCAUUAUGUUUAAGUUGGUAUUUCACAGUCAGCCUUUGUCAUACCUUCAGCCACAAUAUUAGAAGCAGUGCUGACAGCUGCUUUUAUAGCUUAACAGCCAAAAGACAAACAGUUUUUUUCUCCCCUGUUGUUUAAAACUUUGAAGAGGAAGGAAAACAAGCAGGGUUUUUGUGCACAUUUUAUGGCUUCAAGCAUGAGCCUGGCUCUGUGCUUUCAGCCUGCCCCUACCACCAGCGGCUUCCUCCCACCACCAGCACUCAUGCAAAACUGAACUGUCUGGAGGCGAGAGUCCAGCUCUGCAGGGAAAAGGGCUGCAGGCAAUGAACUAGAGUACUGGUGCUAACUGCAGCUGCAUGCAGCACAGGGAGAGAAGAUGAAAGGAGGGGUCUGGUCCUGUGACCUAGUUCAGUUAAUUAAGUUUUCUAACCUUGUCCCACUAGUGAAAUGGGGCUGCUGAAAAAUCGGGUGCCUCACUGGCUGGAGCAGACGCAGAGAGUAGAGACAGAGAAGGCAGGGCACAGUGCCUGCUCUGCUGCAGAAAGGUGGCAAAUGGUUAGCAGUGCUGUGGGUGAGGAGCAGCCUGGGGCUUCCUGAAGGGCAUCUUGCUUGACAUGCGCACGCAGCGUUCCCCCUCUGCUCAGAGCUGCCCCUACCAGGAUGAAGGGCUGCUGGAGGUAGGCAGGCGACGUGAGAAAAGCAAAUGCAGCCUGGUCUUGGUCACCCACUGGCCUUUGCUUGCCGCAGGGCGCCGCUCAGCUGAUGGCAGAAACCUGCACACCACUAACACUAGUGGCAGGUGAGUGGGGAGGAAGAAACGCUGUGGCACAGUUCUCUGGCCAUGCAGUCAGUCAAGCAGCUCUUUGUGGAGGCAGCUGCAGUUUGCUGCCACAAGGUCGAGCCAGCUGAGAGGCAGCUGUUAGAGAAAAGACUUCUGACACGGGUGGGGUAAUGACCAAAUAGACAUUUUUAUAGUUUCUCCAGGGAUUUUUUUUUUUUUUUUUUAAGUCUUCUGGCUGCCUGGCCUUUCUUUGCCGAGCCUUUUUAUUGCCUUGUGAGGCACUAGCUGGUUCCCACAAUGGCUGACAAGAACAUCUAAAGAGGGGACAAAGAAAAUGUGCUUACCCUUGCUCCUAUCAGUAACCGCUUGUGCAGCCCCUGCAGCUGGCAAGGUAACAAGCAACUGCUUUAGGCCAGCCCACCAGGGACUGACCCAAAAGUAACACAAUGGUUCAACAGCACACCACAGCCGGGGACGGAACAGCUUUACAGUCGACCAGGCUGACCCAACUUGGUUAAUCCAGCUCCUUUCACAGAGGGUUUUUUUGGCCUCAUUUUAAGACCCUUACCCCCAACCCUGCAAUCCGGAAAAACUCUCCGCUCCUUCCCGUAAACGCUGGAUUGCAUUUCCAUUUCCUGAUGGUACCUUCAGGACAUGCAAGGCGGCUAGCCGGCUGGUUUACUUGGUCUGUCCCAUCUCUGAAAUUGCAGAAACUCCUCACACCGCCUCAGGGAUCAGAGCGAGCAGGAAGCCCUGACCUUAGAACAAAGCUGGGUGACAGCUGGUCAGAUCAGACGUCUUAAUGAACAGAUACGGGUAGGGAAAAGACCUGCAAAGCAUUUGAGACAUGUAACUUUCAGAAACCUCUUCCCAGCAGCAGAUGCGCAUGCAGGACAAGAGAGAUGGAAAAAUCCACCUCUGUAUUGAGAUGCCGGGGAGACCUUUGCCUCACAGCACCAGCGCAACUCCAGUACAACAGCAAAGCGUAGGGCGAGCGUCACUGCGGUGUUCGCAAAGCCAUUCUUUGGCCAAGCAGGUCUCUGUGCCAGGAGGAAGCAUUGCUGCUACUUCUUCGCUUCUAAAAGGCCAUCAAAUUCAGACUAUAUACAACAUAUAUAGAAAUAACUUUUAAUUAAAAAACCAACCUUGCAUCAAAGAUUAUUGUAUCAGACAUUGAGGCAAGAUUCAAGUUUAAGACAAACCAGUGUUAAAAAAGUGUUUAAAAAAAUAAUCAGAAUGUGCAAUAAACUACAAUGUAGCAAUAGGUUGUAGUGUUGAAACUUUACUGAAUUGUUUUCAGAUGCCCAGUGUAUAUUUCCUGUCAUUUUGACAAAAAAAAAAAAAAAAAAUUGACACUAAAACUGGGUCAUCUGUCCAGUGCCAUUCCAGAUAUUACAUGUGGAAGAAAAUUUUGCACAAAAACAGAGACUCCUAUAAAACUGCCUUCAACUGUCCUACACAGAAAAACUUCCUGUUGAUGGAUUAUACCUACAUUCAAUGUUUCAGCUUUGUUAAUACCUCUUGAGAUUGCAAAUACAUUCCAAACUAUGCUAUUUAGCUGCAAGUUUAAACAACUUGCUUUUGUUUCCUCACUGUGAACUCUGGGAAAUUAAAAAUCUAUCUGGAAUCACAA